UUCCGUGAUGUAAAUUAUUCCACGCAUGGCUCGAAAUGGGCGUGAAGCCGUGUUGCCAGGUGUCGGAUCACUAGUUUGUCAUGGAUGAUGAUGAUGACUCGUGUCUCCUUGAUCUUAUUGGAGACCCACAAGCAUUGAACUAUUUUCUACAUGGACCUAGUAAUAAAUCAAGCAAUGAUGACUUGACUAAUGCAGGAUAUUCUGCAGCCAAUUCAAAUUCCAUUUUCGCCAACUCUAGUAAUGCUGAUCCUAAGUCGACCCUCAAAGCUGUAAGCAGCCAGCUUGGAGAAGGGCCCAGUGAUGGACUGCCACUUUCAAGUAGCCUUCAGUUUCUUGAGGAUGAACUUGAGUCUUCUCCUCUUCCUGAUCUCAGUGAGGACCAACCUUUUGACAUUCUUCAGAAAUCCUUGCAGGAGGCCAAUAUCACUGAGCAGACUUUGGCAGAAGAGGCGUAUCUGGAUGCCAGUAUAGGUUCCAGCCAACAGUUUGCACAAGCUCAGCUUCAUCCUUCUUCAUCAGCAUCCUUUACUCAGGCUUCUAAUGUUUCUAAUUACUCAGGUCCGACGCUGCAACCUAUCGGAGUGACUCACGUGCCUAUGGGAGCAUCGUUUCCAAGCAAUACCGUGGGAGUGCAGCAUGGCUUCAUGCAGCACGUGGGGAUCAGCGUUCCCAGCCAGCAUUUAUCUAACAGCAGUCAGAUUAGCGGGUCUGGUCAAAUCCAGCUGAUUGGGUCAUUUGGUAAUCAACCUUCCAUGAUGACAAUUAAUAACCUAGAUGGCUCUCAGAUCAUAUUAAAGGGCAGCGGGCAGCAGGCACCAUCAAAUAUGGGUGGAGGGCUCCUGGUUCACAGACAGACCCCUAAUGGCAACUCCUUGUUCGGGAACUCCAGUUCCAGCCCUGCAGCGCAACCUGUUACUGUUCCAUUUAACAGCACAAACUUUCAAACGUCUGUACCUGUGCAUAACAUCAUCAUACAGAGAGGUCUUGCACCAAAUUCAAAUAAAGUCCCAAUUAAUAUCCAGCCAAAGCCUAUCCAGAUGGGGCAGCAAAAUACAUACAAUGUGAACAAUUUGGGGAUACAGCAGCACCACGUUCAGCAAGGGAUCUCUUUCGCCUCCGCCAGCUCACCCCAGGGCUCGGUGGUUGGUCCCCACAUGUCUGUGAACAUUGUCAACCAACAGAACCCACGAAAACCAGUCACUUCGCAGGCAGUGAGCAGUGCUGGGGGGAGCAUUGUCAUUCAUUCCCCCAUGGGUCAGCCUCACACACCCCAGAGUCAGUUCCUCAUACCUACAAGCCUUUCUGUCAGUUCCAACUCGGUACAUCACGUGCAGACCAUAAAUGGGCAGCUUCUUCAGACUCAGCCUUCUCAACUCGUGUCUGGCCAGGUGGCCUCCGAGCAUGUCAUGUUGAACAGAAACUCUUCUAACAUGCUCAGGACCAACCAGACAUACUCUGGACAGAUGCUGAACAACCAGAACACCGCCGUCCAGUUAGUGUCCGGCCAGACAUUCGCUGCCUCCAGCAGUCCGGUAAUCGUCAAUCAUGCCUCUCCUCAGAUUGUCGGUGGGCAGAUGCCCUUGCAGCAGGCAUCACCCACCGUGUUGCAUCUGUCGCCCGGGCAGAGCAGUGUCUCCCAAGGAAGACCUGGGUUUGCGGCCAUGCCCACGGUGACCAGCAUGUCAGGGCCCACACGGUUCCCUGCGGUCAGCUCCUCCAGCACCGCCCACCAGAACCUUGGCUCUGCCGUUCAGUCUGGGGCGCCAGGAUCCAACUUUACCGCCGAUCAGCUGACUCCGCCAAACAGGACUCCAGGGCCGGGCAGCGCGUCUCACCGCCUUCCGGUGUCCACUUCCAAAUCCACCAGCACCUUCAGCAACACGCCUGGAGCAGGAGCACAGCAGCAGUUCUUCUGCCAGGCUCAGAAAAAGAGUUUGAAUCAGCCGUCCCCCAUUUCCGCUUCCAAGACCCCAGAUGGCCUGAGGCAAGCGCAGAUCCCUGGCCUCCUGAGCACCACCCUGCCAGGGCAAGAUUCUGGAAGCAAAGUCCUACCGGCAUCCUUAGGAACCACUCAGCCACAGCAGGAAAAAGUAGUUGGAUCAUCUCCUGGCCAGCCAGCUGUGCAGGCGGAUGGUCAUUCGGGAGGACAGAAGAGGCCUGCAGCAAAGCAGCUGACUAAAGGAGCUUUCAUCCUCCAGCAGUUACAGAGGGACCAAGCCCAUGCUGUGACGCCGGACAAAAGCCAGUUCCACUCGCUGAGUGAUGCCGUGCAGAGGCUGCUCUCCUACCAUGUGUGCCAGGGCGCCAUGCCCACCGAGGAAGACUUGAAGAAAGUCGACUAUGAAUUUGAAACAGUUGCCACUCAGCUCCUUAAAAGGACCCAAGCUAUGCUUAACAAGUACAGAUGCCUACUUCUCGAAGAUGCCAUGCGGAUCAACCCCUCUGCAGAAAUGGUGAUGAUCGACCGGAUGUUCAACCAGGAGGAAAGAGCGUCUCUCUCCCGGGACAAGCGCCUGGCACUUGUGGACCCUGAGGGCUUCCAGGCUGAUUUCUGUUGUUCCUUCAAACCUGAUCAUGCUGCCCCUGAGACGCACUUUGGCGGGAGUGACCAGCGUGGCGGUAAAACACCCAGCUCUCUCCAUCUGACGCCCAAGGCCCACAGCAGAGACCGAGCCAAACCCGGCGCAGCAGAACCCACGAAUCAUGACCAGUUUCAUCCAGUGCCUAAUCACAUUGUGGUCUCCGCAGAAGGAAACAUCUCUAAAAAAUCGGAAUGCCUCGGCCGAUCACUGAAAUUUGACAAAGGGGGCUUAGUUCAGUACCGGGGUGCAUCGGAAGAGAAGUGCAGUCAGAGAGACUCCACGAAGGCCAGUGAGUGCUCCCCUGGCGCUGAGGGGCACCGGAAAGCCUCUUCCAGGCCCGAUCCUGCUACUGAGAGCAAACUCUCGGGUAUCCUUGCCGAUUCUCACUUGGAGAUGACACGUAGCAAUUCCUUCCAGGACAAAACACUGAGGAGUUCUCCAAAGAAUGAAGUUUUACACACAGACAUCAUGAAAGGGGCAGGCGAGCCCCAGCCUGACCUCCAGCUCACCAAGAGUCUAGAAACGACCUUCAAGAACAUCUUGGAACUCAAAAAGGCUGGACGGCAGACCCAGAGUGACCCCACGGUUAGCGGCUCUGUUGAGUUAGAUUUCCCCAACUUUUCUCCAAUGGCUUCGCAGGAAAAUUGCCUGGAAAAGUUCAUCCCGGACCACAGUGAAGGCGUUGUAGAAACGGACUCCAUUUUAGAAGCAGCUGUAAAUAGCAUCUUAGAGUGUUAAUAGCAGCCGUCCUGCCCCCAUCCCACCCCCAGGCCCCACCCCGGACAAGUUACACUCUUUCCUGGCAAAAGCAAAUGGAAUUGGUCUCCUGUCUCCAGCCUGCUCGAUCUUUCAUCACAGGUUAUUCUUUCUAAUCUCAAAUUCCCUAUUUGUUUAAGAGCAAUACUCGUGUGGUUACAGGGAGAUCUUUUAGUAAAAGCAAUCCUUGUUAGAAUGCAGUCUAUUAGGGCCAACACAUUUCAAGUGUUAUGAAAGUGCUUGCAGUCUUUCUUUUUAUUGUUGGCUAUUUGUCUCGUUUUCUCCUUUUUUUUGUUUUUUUGUUUUUUGGUUUUUGGUUUUUGAAGGACACUGUAACUCAAAGACAUCACAGUAUUCUUGGCCCUGGGUAGAAAUUUGACAAUCAUAAGUCAUUUGAGGAGAUUCAGCUGAUUCAAGAAGAUUAAACAGGACUGAUAGAAGCUGCUUUCCAAGAAUAUCCCACUUCAGCUGCAAAUUUUGGUUUGGGCAUUUUUGGGGGUUCUUUUUUUACCUGUUGCUGUGGUGAGAGGGUAGAUGAGCUGAUUGUCCCC